ACGUGGUUCCUCUCUGGAGCGCCGCUUGUCCCUCUCUACUUGUAGGCUUGUAUAUGACAUGAAUGACAAACAGGACAGGCUUUAUGUUUGCGGCGCCCCGGGCUGCUCUCAGCGCUUCCAGUUAGAAGAGCAUCUGAUCAUCCACAGACGCAAGCAUGAGAUGUCCCUCAAGUUCUCCUCCAUCAAGACGGAUCCGGCUUUUACAGACCAGACUCCAACACCAACCCGAUUUUUGCAGAACUGUGAAGAGGUUGGUCUGUUCAAGGAGAUAGAAGAAGAGUUUCUUCAAGCACAAGAAGAGGAAAAGAGCAAACAGACGCUUUCUCAUAAUGGGCCGUCCUGUAUGAACCAGCAGCAGCUCAAACCCCAGCUCCAGCUCCAGCACCCACCCCAGCCUCAGCACCCACAUCCACAGCCACCGCUGCAUCAUCCGCAGACCCACCUCCUGCAGCACCCUCAGUCUCAUGGCGCCAUGAUGGGCCCCAGCUGCAGCCUGGCUGCCCAACAAGCUCUGUCCUCCUCGCAGUCCGGAUCAGUCAUCACCCAGGCUCCUUCCACCCUCACACACUCAGGGCCGGUUCCCGGGCCACUGUCCUCCCUCCUCCACAUGCGGAACAGACACAGACAACCGCUGCCAGCCUCCUUACCCGGCACCCUGCCAGACCCCGCCAUGCAAGGGGCAUCUGCUCAGCACAUGCCCAUAGAGAAGCAAAUGUCGUGUAUAAUGGGUAUACCAGGUCCGGUACACAACCCCUCCUGUUCCUCGCCACAGAGAUCCAAACAGACGCUGGGCCAUCAUUUCCAACAGCACCACCCAGCAAUGGUCGGCAUCAACAACCCUGUGACGUCCAUGGGCCACAUGAUGGAGAUGAUGUCACAGCGUCAUCAGGCACCUCCACUACAACACCACCAUCAUCCUCAUCACCCACAGCUUCCAGCUCCACCCCUCACCUUCCAACAGCGGUGCCAUGCUCCACCUCCGCAGCAUCACAGCCACCACACUCAGGCUCACCAAGCACCACCGCCUCCCCAUCUGCACCAGGGCUCGCCUCCUGCACCUCCCCUAUCUGUUCCAGCACAGUUAUCACCAGUCGCACAGCAGAUGCAGCCUUCCCAUCCAUCCCACUCCCAGCAUGCAGUGCAGGCAGGCGGUAGCUGCAGCGGUGGAGGAGGGGGAGGAGGAGGCAACCGCCGCAGAAGGACGGCAGAGCAGGACCCUGACGAGCGCAGGCAAAAGUUUCUGGAGCGCAAUAGGGCUGCUGCCACCCGCUGCCGGCAGAAGAGGAAAGUGUGGGUGUCGUCGCUGGAGAAGAAAGCGGAAGAGUUGACGCACACAAACCUGCAGCUACAGAACGAGGUGACGUCGCUGAGGUCAGAGGUCGGUCAACUGAAACAGAUUCUGCUCACCCACAAGGACUGUCCUGUCACCGCCCGGCAGAGAGAGGCGCAGGGGUACCCCACUGCAGGGGUGAGCCCAGGAGGAAGUCCCACCCCUGUAGGUCCUGGGUCUCAUCUGCAGGCCGUCCAACACAACAGCAUCUCCACCUCCUCGACAGCUGGAGGCGACACAGGGCACGACCCCAAGCCUGGACGCUAGCUCUCACCAUAUAGAGGAGAGGGUGGGAGCGGAUGGCUGAAUUCUUGCAAACUGAAUUAUCUGUCUGUCACACUAAAGUCUCACUCAGCUUUGUGUCUUUACAUUGUAGAUGAAAUACUGAAGUGGAUAGGCAAAUUUAUAAAUCUAUGUGGACACUGAGGUGUUUUUCCACAUUAUUAUCGUCUUUUCUGGUUGGAGAGGAGAUCAGAACCACAUACUGAUACAUUUCCAUAAUAGGUGCAAAAUGACCUUUUCUGAAAGCCUUGUUAAAAAAAACUGUGAUGGUUACAUGGCAACCGGAUCCUGUGUUUCCUGUGUUGCUACCCAUUUAAUUAUGCACAUACACAAUCUUUUGCUCUUAUAUCUUGCACUAAUUUAAACAAACAGCCUAUGUAUUAGUUUUAUAUUUCUAACUGAGCAUCUGCGAGUGCACACCUUAUGCCUUCUCUCUGAUGCAGAAGCAGCUUGUUAAAACUACAUAUUUUUCUACAAAUAAUAUACUAAGACAAAAAUGUUUAUUUUAAAAUUUCAAAUCGAAGCCACGUCUGUGUUGGAAAGCCAUUUAGAACAUGAUUGUACAGUAUUUCCUUUCAGGCACUUUAAAAAAAACUGCCCUAAGACACUAAAUAAAUAUAAACUGCACCUCAUGUCUCAAUCUCUGUCAGUUAUUAAUAAUAAUAAUAAAAAAAACUCUUAUUCUGGUAUUUCCUUGUGUGUGUGUUUUUUAUUAUCCUGUUGAAAUGUAUUCUGUGCUAUAAUAUCAGACUUUUUAAAUCUAUGGUUUGUUAUUGUACAUACAGUAUGGUCUACUCUGCCAUCUAGUGGUUCUGUUAGUGGUAGUGGAUC